CUCGACUUUCUCCCUCCCUCAUCAUUUCGCUCGGUCCCUGCCUCCUCAUCUCCUUCGCAUUUUCCCUUGCCCCUUCAUCCUGCAGCUCGCCUGCCAAUGUCGCCCGCGCCCCGACACCCGCUUUGCCAGGCUGGAUGCCUUGUCCUGGCCCUCUUUUGCGUUCCUUAGCCACAGGCCGUCGCCUCGCGCAGAGAUUAUACUUCAGCUUGCGGUUUAUUCUCCAAAGCUCUACUCUUUUUACCGUUCUCCAACCAAGACAUAAGACAUUCUCAGCCUUUUGGCGGUGCAUUCGUCAGUCGCAACUCCUGACUCGACUCUACGCUCGAUUCCGACUCGACCUCGAGCUUUCUUUCCGUUUUGGGCCUCUCAAACACCCGCUUGGUUCCUCUUCUCCCCUCGCCCAUUGCCCCCGCCCUGCCCGCCACGGUGCUUCCUUUCGGCCACAGGAUUUGGAUCCAUGUCUGCCUGGUAGGUCCCCCGUUUCCCCCGUGCAAUUUGCAGGACCUGCGCAUCCUGACCAGUCACAUAAAUGCCGCAGGUUUUGAUUACGUCAAAUGUUGAGACAUUAGAAAGGCCUCAAUUUGCCUGGCGCAUUCAGGGCGUUUCGGCCUGCAGAUCGGGGAACUUCCUUUGGUCGCAAUCGGACCG